CCGAGAACCACGACGCUCCUUCGUGACCACUGCCGACACGCUUACUGUAUACUCCCACCCUCAUCAAUCCCAGAAAGACAUUGGCAUGGACCCACAAUGGUCGACAAUGACGGGACUACCCUAUCGCAACAACAAGUCCAUCGAUCAGAAGCGUCGUCAGUUCAUGAACCGUGCUACGGUCACUCCCUUGUUGUCUAGGAUACUAUACUGUACAUGGAGUAACAAAAUCAAUAUACAGUUUGUCCAUCUCAGCCUCCUACGUAGAUCGAUAGUCAUGCACACGAUGCAGAGAAGCUUCGGCUCAAAUGAACCGCAACUCCUGCGCUAUCAGGUCCUAGGAUGCUGACGCAAACAUGAGCCACCGGAGCAAAAUGUCUAUGUGAUCCGUCAUCCACCUCGCACACGUUUCCAUCUAACAUGUCCUGUGUGGCUGACUUUAUGUCUUCAUCCGUCGCGGCACCUUGACGUCCGAUACCGCGGCGAAUCCAACGCUGGAACUUCAAGUGACUGUCCCGAUCCGGAUGUGUUGCUACCCCGGACCGCCUUCUUCCGCCCUCGCUAUGCGCCGCAUGGCGGCCUUGCUUCCAGCGUCCCGGUUUUGGCCCUAGGAGAGACGACCCAAAAGGAGAUAAUGCGACCUUGACAGUGACAUUGUGGCUUCUUAUAUGUCCAGAAACGAUCAGGACCACCCUUUAAUGAGCUUUCCACAUGUUCAACCUCAUGCCUUCUCAGCCCUUGGAGAGAGUGGCGACCCGCCAUGAAGUAGUACAUAUAUGGACGACGCGCUUCCUACUCGUGGGAUAUCAAUAUCUGCGAGUCUGUAGGCCCCUUCAAGCUUAUAAACUCCAGUAGUUCGGUGUCAUUCAGCCAGACAAGAUGAAGGUCCUCUCCCUCCUCGCCGCCGCCUCUGCGGCCUCAGCCCACACCAUCUUCGUCCAGCUCGAAGCCGACGGCACCACCUACCCGGUCUCCUACGGAAUCCGGACCCCAUCCUACGAUGGUCCCAUCACCGACGUGACCUCCAACGACCUUGCUUGCAACGGCGGCCCCAACCCCACCACUCCCUCUGACAAGAUCAUCACCGUCAACGCCGGCAGCACCGUUAAGGCCAUCUGGAGACACACUCUCACUUCCGGCGCCGACGAUGUCAUGGACGCCAGCCACAAGGGCCCUACCCUUGCCUACCUCAAGAAGGUCGACGACGCCUUGACUGACACUGGUAUCGGCGGUGGAUGGUUCAAGAUUCAAGAAGACGGCUACAACAACGGCCAAUGGGGUACCAGCACCGUCAUCACCAACGGUGGUUUCCAGUACAUCGACAUCCCCGCCUGCAUCCCCUCAGGCCAAUACCUCCUCCGCGCCGAGAUGAUCGCCCUGCACGCCGCCUCCUCCACCGCCGGCGCCCAACUCUACAUGGAAUGCGCCCAAAUCAACAUCGUCGGCGGCACCGGCGGCACCGCUCUCCCCUCCACCACCUACUCGAUCCCCGGCAUCUACAAGGCCACUGACCCCGGUCUGUUGGUCAACAUCUACUCCAUGAGCCCAAGCAGCACUUAUACCAUUCCUGGCCCGGCCAAGUUUACUUGCCCGGCUGGAAACGGUGGUGGUGCUGGUGGUGGUGGUUCUACCACUACUGCUAAGCCGGCUAGUAGCACCACCAGCAAGGCGGCGAUUACCAGCGCGGUCACAACGUUGAAGACGAGCGUCGUUGCUCCUCAGCCUACUGGUGGUUGCACGGCUGCGCAGUGGGCGCAGUGCGGUGGGAUGGGAUUCUCGGGGUGCACUACUUGUGCGAGCCCGUAUACUUGCAAGAAGAUGAAUGAUUAUUAUUCGCAGUGCUCGUAAGGAAGAAAUCUUGGGCACGACGAUGGUGAGUGAGGAUGAGGUCGGUUGAGGUGAGACGGGGUGGAUGGGAAGUGAGGGGUUGGUUGUUACGUGUAUAUACAUAGUGUUAUACGAAGAA